AGCUUCUCACCGCAUGCUUCUCGGACCUGCAGUGCACAAGAGAAAACAGUAUGAAUCAAGAGAAAUUGGCAAAACUUCAGGCCCAAGUCCGAAUAGGGGGCAAGGGCACAGCUCGUAGGAAGAAGAAGGUUGUCCACAGAACAGCGACUGCUGAUGACAAAAAACUGCAAAGUUCAUUAAAGAAACUAGCUGUGAAUAACAUUGCUGGUAUUGAAGAGGUGAACAUGAUAAAGGAUGACGGCACGGUGAUCCACUUUAACAACCCUAAAGUACAGGCCUCCCUGUCUGCCAACACGUUCGCAAUCACAGGUCAUGCAGAGACCAAACAGUUAACGGAGAUGCUUCCGGGUAUUCUCAGCCAGCUGGGUGCAGACAGUCUGACCAGUCUGCGCAAACUCGCAGAGCAGUUCCCACGGCAAGUUCUUGACAACAAAGCGCCAAAAGCAGAGGACAUCGAUGAAGAGGACGAUGACGUGCCGGAUCUUGUAGAGAACUUCGAUGAAGCAUCAAAGAAUGAAGCAAACUGAUUAUUUGAGACCUCGUCUGUUGGACCUGCAGCUCACUAGGAGGCUUGUUGCAGUGUUUUUAAAUUAGAUAACCAGACAUAUCAUUUCAACACUAUCCGACAAACCAGAGACUUUUGUAUGUUUGUUUGGCCCUCUGUUUCAGAGUACCUUUAUCAGCCAGCCUCAUGCACUUAAACUGUAAGAUGUUAUGAGAAAUGGUUCAGAUCCCUUUACCACAUUGUCAUGUGUCAAUCUUGAAAAUGGCGGUCAUGAAAAAUUAGUCUUAAUUAUUUUUUUCUGUUAAUUAAACAUAAUAAAACUCAUAAACCUUUU